AUGUCAUCUGUGGACUUGAUGAAAAAAGAGUGUUUGGCUUCAGGGACGCUGUCCUCCGCUUCUUUUCAGAGGAGGUUCAUCAAGAAAAGCAGGGUCGCUCCCAGGGGGCUUCAGGAUGCGGAGGGGGACUGUCAGCUCUGCAGGUGAGACUCAAAAAAAGGUCCGAGAAUAAAGCACACUAAUAGCAAAAAGGAAAUAUGUGAUUAAUACAGUAAAAAAAAAAGAGUUCCCAAAAAGUGAAGGCAUGAAAAGUAAAUUAAAAUACAGAAAGUUAAACUAAUAUUGAAAAGGUAAAGAAAAAACGUAAAGGGAAAAAAUCUCUGACAUGAAGCAACAAAAAAAUUACAGUUCUGUGAUAUGAAAGCCUUUUGCACAGUUGGUUUAAAGCAGAUUAUAUCAAUAACAAAACAGAAAGAAACAGCCAAAGUAAAUCCUCCUUUUUUAUCCUGCUCCAUAUUUCAGGUGUUUUUAUGAUAUUUGUAAUCUGCCUUUUGAAAACUUUGAACUGCUCUUGUUUUUUCCAGAUGCCCUUUAUUUUCUGUGGCUGGCAGCAGUCGCACCGUCCGUCGGAUUCUGACAGCCUGCAUCCUUUCUUUCCUGGCUCUGCUUGGCUCCGUAUCCAUUGACCUCAGCUCCAACUUUGACCUUCUGCACUCCACAGAGGCCGCUUAUGAUGAAAUGACCUCCUGCAGGACGAUCGCCAUCCUGCAACUCAUCAACAAGCUUCAAGAGAUGAGGCGAUUAUUAGCCAAAGACAUGAACAAUGAGACUUUGGAGGGGGGUUUGUCAGAGGUUGAGUUUCCUGCAUUUGGUCACAUCUGUGCAGAUACAGCAGGUCACAGUAACAGACUUGGGAUCCCUUGUGGCGUUGAAUUGGCAGGAUUUUGUCAGGACAUUUGGAGGGAUGUUGAACGAAUCUUGAAUUCUUCUUUACAAACAAACAACACUUGGGAAAAUGCAACUUCCGUUUACUCUCUGACCAUUGAAAGCCUACUGGAUAUCUGGGGUUCAGUGGAAGAAACAGUUGAAAAAGUCAAAUACAAUCCCACCUGGAGAGAUGUGCUUUCUGCAAAACUUCUGGUCAGAUUUAAAGAAUUAAACCAACAUUUACUGGACUUUCCCAGUGUGGGGACUCAAACUGACUUUAAGGAAAAGUGGAGUUAUGUGCUCAGCUACCUUAGCUUUGCCAGAGUCAUGACAGAGCAACUGAACGACUGCUGGUUGGAAAACAUGGAGCUCAAGUCAAAUUUGAGCAAAUGUGGAAAAUCUAAUAUUUUUGACAAUUCUCAGUGGCAGAUCUCUGGUACUGACACUGAGCUUCUUUCUGGUUCUCAAACUGGAGUUGAAGCUCUUAAAAACACUCAGCGCUGCUUGUUCGAUCGUGCAGCGCAGGCCCUCAGGUUGGCGUCUCGCUCUGUAUCUUCAGGGCUGAGUAUGAGGGUCUGCCUUCUGGCCUUGGCCUGCCUCAUCUACCCGGUGGUGAUGUUCUCCUUUAAGCAGAUGACAGAGUGGAUUCAGAACUAUGCCCAGACUCUGAAGGAGAAGACUGAGGACCUGAAGCAUCAGAGACAGCUGGCCGAGGAUUUGCUGCACCAAAUGCUACCGAAGUCAGUCGCCAAGCAGCUUCGUCAGCAGAAACAUGUGGAGGCUGAGAGCUAUGACAAGGUCAGUGGACUAAUUUGUUAAUAUGAUGACAUGAAUCCCUAGCAAUGAGUUAUAUUUGGCAUUAUGGCUCUUUUAUAAAGUGCUCCCUGCCCUUAAAGAUGUUAAAUUGGAACGCCAAAGCCCAAGGCAGGGAGAUCAAACCUCUUCUCUAUUUCACAUGCAUGCAUUAAAAAAAACUACCAAGGCUGACAUAGCAUCAGCAAAGGCCUCCAGGUUACAGGACUGAACAGGACUGAGUGACAAUACAUAUAACACUGGUAAAAUCAAAUACAGCAAAACAAAGGGGCUGAUGUAGAGGUAGGGAGAGCAUCAGCAAAGAUCCUGGCUACAAAAUAAAACAGGAAUCAUUGACAAUACAUUUGACACUGGUAAAAUCAAACACAUUAUUAAAAGGAGAAGCUGGGGUGUCGGCAGGGAGAGCAUCAGCAAAGACUUUCCAGGUAAUGAACAGAUCAGGAAUCCGCAAUGAAACAUGUAACACUGGUAAAAUUAGACACAGCAAAAAAACAAAAUUAGAGGUAGGGAGGACAUCAGCAAAGACUUUCCAGGUAAUAAACAGAUCAGGAAUUAGAAACAAUACAUAUAACACUGGUGAAAUCAAACACAGCAAAAAAGGAGAAGCUGGGGUUGAGGCAGGGAAGACCAUCAGCAAAGACUGUCAGGGUAAAAAACAGAGCAGGAAUCACUGACAAUCUAAAUGACACUGAUAAUAUCACUCUCAGUGUUACCAGGAGGAGCUGGAAUGGGGGCAGAGAGAGCAGCAGCAAAGACCCUAGGGGUACACAACAGUGCAGGAGUCAGUGACAAUAAGUAUGAAACUGUUUGAAUCAAACACUGCUUUAAAAGGAGGAGCUGGGUGAAGGCGGGUUGCACAGUAGUUUGCAGAGGAAUCAGAAAGAGUAGGCAGGCCGAAGCAGUUUGACAUAUGCCAAGUGGAUGUGUAGAAGGUAAUGGGCUGAGCUGUCAGCUGUCAUGGGCUUUCGUCAAGAUCAGCUGAUCCUUUGGAAGAAUUGCUUAAAAUUGUAGCCUGCCUGACCUAACACUAUGAUCAGUUUAUCAAACAGCUGACUGAGCCUCCCAAGUGAGACUCUGGACUCUGUUCCAGCAAACAAAAACACUGAUUAAAAACAUCACAUUUCUCCAGACUGCUUACCCUUGUUUGCUGAUUCUACAUAAAAAAUGUAGAAUCUGUACAUCUCAGGACUGGACUUUGGUAUGAGAAGUGUUCUGGUUUGCAUUUGUUGUCUGACUUUUAUUGACUUAGUAUUAACAGUCUGUAUGGCUCUGAUCGCAGUGAUCUGAUUUAUUUCACUAUCUGAACGAUGGUCAGCUAACAAUCUGCUACAGAUCAGAUAUUUUCACUGAGACGCAUAUCUGGUUCUUCCCUCAGGAUGAAAAAAGGAGUUGAAACUGAAAGAUGUUUUGGUAUUGCUGGAACUGUUUUGUGUUAAAGCCAUUAUUUAGAAAGACUCUGAGUGCCUGUAAUAUGCCAUAAUUUUAUUCUUAAUGUCCAUGAGGUUCAAAAUAACUGCACCACAAAGAGAUUGAAAUUUGCAAAAAGGGUUUAAAGGUGAAUAACAAUAAAGAAAAGCAAGAGAUAUAUUUGAAAUAGUGUCUACAAAUGCAAGUUGGAUACAGUAUUCAGACUCUGACUGUUAAAACUAUGAACCUCAAAGGCAAACAGAAAAAUGAAGAUGUCAAAGACGGAUAAGACAGAAACAUUUCCUCCUCUCUGUUCACUUCUAAUGCAGAUCCAGAGCUCACGCUGCUCAGAGGGUUUAUGGGGUGUGCUGUGAGACAGCUUUGCCUCCGCAAGAUCUGCAAACACGAUGAAUCGAUGUGUGUGUUUGCUGCCUUUGUUGCCAUUGUUGUCCUAAUUACCUAUAAUUGCCCUGCUCCAUAUUCAUCAGGAGAUAAAACAAGUUAUUUGGGUGAAAAUUGCGUCUGGCUUAUUGAAGAGGUUUGAAGCAGCUGGACCGAAAGCUCUCAGUGAUGGGAUGGGUUGGGGGUGUCACUGAAAAGGACCCUGUGCUAAUUUCUAGAUCAAUACUAAGCUUGAGAGUGUUCUUGAAAGAAGAUAUAAGACACCAAGAUCUGGGUAUGUUUUACAGAAUUAGCAGAUCUCCAAGGCUCUCUGGUGCUUUUUUUUUUGAAGAAGAAGACAUUUCUUACCCCUUUUAAGGUGGAAUCAGAGGUAGAUCAGGACUUUGGUUUUAAAUAGCCAGAGGCACAGAGAACUACAGGCUACUCCAGUAUGUGUAGAAAUGUGGAAAAAGUUCUCUCUAUAUACUCCUCCAGUAUUAGAAUUUGGAAAAAGUUGCUUCUUUGUACUUUUCUGGUACAUAAAAUGUGAAAAUAAUGCCCUUUGGAGAGCCUUCCAGUAGAGCUGGGUGAUGAUUCAGAUUUUGAUUAUGAUUCUGUCCCCCCAUGAUCAUAAAAUAUAAAAACCGAGACUGAACAGUAUUGUGCUGCCUGCUGUGUUUCCCCUGUUACAUCCUACUUGCUGAAUGAAUCCCUUAACAGCAGAGCAUGGGUGCUGCCCCUAAACUAUCAAGCAGCCACAGGUGGAGAGGGGAGAGGAGCAGGAGGAAGAGAGAGAAGAGCAGGGAGAGGAGCAAGAGGAGGCAGGUGUUUGUAUCAGUGUGUGUCUGAAAAGCCAAGGGACAGAGUGAGCAUGACGUGAGAUAGGCUGUACCUACUAUAAGCGCUAAUAAGCUAACAACUGCUGGGCCAAAAAGUGAGAGACAUCAUUUAAAUUGAUGAUAACAUUCUGUGUGGGUGCCCCAGGAUAUACAGGAGGUGUCCUUUUUGUUUUUACUUUUCCCGCUGCCCCUUUAAUAUCCUGUGCACACCACUUUUCUGGUAUCAAAGAUGUUGUUAGUUACAGAGAGCUGUGGUCUGUAUGGAUGUGAGAGUAUAACAAAUAACGACUUUGCUGUUUGUGACAACAGGAUUCAUAAAAACUAUUGUUGCAUGGGAUUAGUUUCCAUUACAGUAGCUACAUAAACUGUGAAUGUAUUUUUACCUGGUUAUGUCCUGUGGAUAUAAUGUUUUUCUCCUUCGCCUGUUUGGCUGCAGGUGACCAUUUUCUUUUCAGACAUUGUCGGCUUCACGUCAAUCUCUGCCUCCUGCACUCCUCUGCAAGUUGUGGAGAUGCUCAACAACCUCUACAUGUGCUUUGACACACGCAUCGACUCCUACGACGUCUACAAGGUGACAAUCAAAUGUCAACACACAGAAAGAAAUUCAGAUCCUAGUGUUGCCUUUAAAAUCACAUCUCCAAACAUCACUGUCACAGUCCGACUUCAGAGAGCUGUGGGCUGUUAUUCUUUAAGAAGUAUUGUGCCUUUGUUCCCUGUUCAGCUUAAAACAGUUAUUGAGUCUACUCUUAUUACUCAGACUGAUAAUUAGACUGAUUAGACUGAUCAUAGCAGCUGAGCCUUCGUGCUUUCCAGCUGCACAAACACCAAACCUCUCUGCAAAAACGACAGAUUCCAUUCACAGUCAUGUCUUUUGAUUGGCUGAUAUUUUCUUUUUGGACUAUAAAUAUCUUUCACGUUAAGAUUUCAAAUAUUUACAUUUCAUGUCAUCUCUCAAGUCAUCCGCUGAUUAAUUUUGUCCUAUAAACCCACUGAAACCAGGUGGAGACGAUUGGAGAUGCCUACAUGGUGGUGAGUGGUCUACCUGAGAGGAACGGGGACAGACACGCUGACGAGAUCGCCAAGAUGGCUCUGGAUCUGGUUGCGGCCGUCAGGCAGGUGUCAAUCCCUCACAUGCCCAAUCAGAGGCUGCAGCUCCGAGCUGGCAUUCACACAGGUGAGAUGAGCUCAGAUGCUGCACUUGAGGGGAAGCUUUUCUAACAAAACCAACGUGUCAGCAGAGUGCUGAAGAUCUGAGCUGUCUUACAGUGGGGUCUUUGCAUUGCUACGAAAGUUGCUGUGUUUGUAAUUCCAAAUGUUUGAGCCUCUUGAUUUGUGACUGUUUGAAAAAAGGAGAAUAUAAUUUAUGUUUAACUUUCAUCCAUCACCAUCUUCAGGUCUUGUUUUUUGCCUUACAGGUCCAUGUGUGGCAGGAAUAGUGGGCUACAAGAUGCCAAGAUACUGUCUGUUUGGAGAUACAGUCAACACGGCCUCCAGAAUGGAGUCCACCAGCCUGCGUACGUGCAAUAAGACAUGCAACACACUGACACACAUCUGUGUUCUGACUUUUAUUAUCAUUACAAUGUUUGUACUUUAACCUCUAUUUAUUGUGUAAAUUAAAUGCAACAGCACAUUACCUAAUAGAUAUGUAGGCGUGUGUGCAUAAAUAAAUAUUAUGAUAAGUAGUGUGUAUGUAGGUAUUUAUAUUUUAAAUGUAUCUUGUUCUGGUCUCACGGUUUUAUCGUUUUCCUCGUAUUUUAUUUUUUUGUUACAGAUCACAGAUUUGUUUUUAAUUUUGUUAAAUUAAGACUGAUUUUUUUAUGUUGAAACUGCGGGGAUCUAUGAACGAAGUUGUUUUUUUAAACUUGUGCGUUUCAGCUCAGAAAAUCCACGCCAGUUCAGAGACGUACUUGGCUCUGAUUAAAGACAAUGCUUAUGAGUUGCAGCUUCGUGGAGAGAUCGAAGUGAAGGUAAAUGAUUUAGUCUUCAGGUUGUUUUUAUUUCCUAUUUUGCAGUAUGUCAUUUUGUUAAUAGAGAACAAAAGCCCAAUAUUUUUUUCUUAAAUGUUCAUACCAAAUUUACCAAGUCUUUGUGUUAGGUUACACUGAUUUAAGAAGAAAAAAAAGGAGGAUCUUCGCACACUGAAGUCGUUUUUCACAAAUGAUAGUCAAAAACUCGAUUUGAUUUGUGGGCGAAAUAACAGCCAUGAUGCAGAAAUAAAUCAGUGUCACAAAAAAAGGAGAGUCUUGAUGAAGGAUAUAACACCCUUGUUAUACAGACACCAAGCGAGAUAUUCACCCAUGAUGCACUGCACUUAAUACCACUUCUCCCCUUUGAUUUUUAAGUUUUUCCUCUUUGCUUUCACACUGUGAACAAACCACCAGACUUUACUUGUUUGGUCCACAUCAGACUUAAACUGAACUUUCCCACCUCUCCAAAUGUACCAGACUAUCUCAGGAACUGGACCAGGGUACAUUUAAAGUAGAGCUAACAUCUCAGCCAGUGCAGUUAUCACUGAAGUGCUUGGCUUCAUCAGCUCAUGAGUGACAGGAUACUCUCCCUUCUACAUUUGGACUUCUAUACACUUUUUAUAUUUGAGCCAGGUUUAUUGGUGGUUUUCCCUCAAAAACAAAAUUCCAUGAUAAGACAUUUGUAUAUUUUAAAAUCUGCGCACAGUCCCUUACAGAUGAUAAACCACCAGAGUGUCUCAGUCCCUCUCAUGUCUUUAUUUCUCUGUUAGGGUAAAGGCAAAAUGAACACAUACUGGCUGGUUGGUCAUAAGAACUACAGUGUGCAGAACGACAGUCUGGUCUGUCACUGGAAUCCAAACAUGGCCAGAAAGAAGAAGACAGUGGCCAGCAGUGAUGUCUCUGUGGGAAAUGUGAGUUUAACACGUUCAGUUUUCUAAUAGUUUGCUAAUUGAGACGCUUUGUGAAGCUUCACUCCUGCCUGUAUGCUGGGGGACAAUGUUUCUCACAGUUUUGGCUUUUGUUAACUUUCUUUACUUGAAAUAAUCCACAGCAGGACAAAUUCACAUGGAUUCUGAUGCCACCUUGGGGGUUGAUGCCAGAACAGGGUACAUUUUACAUGCUGUCAUUUGGAUAAGUGCAAAAGACACAAGAGCUCAUGCACAAGACCAAAGCUUACCCAAACAUAAUUUGGCACUACUUUUCAGACUGAAAAUGGAAACUAAAACAUGUCCAUGCUGGGUGGUCCUUCACUUCUUUAAAGCAGGAGGUGCUGUGUACAUGAUUUCCUUCAUGUAAUUAAAAUGUUCAUUAGUCAGAGCACAGCAUCAUUUUCCACUUCACUUCAGCCCAUCUUAAAUGUGCUCAGGCACCGAUAAGUCGCUGGUGUUUCUGAAUCUGGAUGUCAUCAGUGUUACACUGGUAUUGUACAGAAAACAUAUAUACAUUGGACAAAAGUGGACCCAAAACUGACCCAUGAGGAAUGCCUUGCCUGAAAUAUGAGACAGGGGAAGUGGGAUUUUUAAACACAAAGGUCACCAAACUAUACUCAAAAGUCCCCCACAGGUCAUUCAGCCAAAGAAGUCUAUCGUGUCACUUUUCCUCACUCUUUGGAGGACUUCAUGUUUUGUUGUGCCUUUUAUGACGUGCAUGAACCUUUGUUCCAGUCAUCAGUGACAGUCCAGAGCCUCGGUGAGAACGCCACCACACCAGUCUCCAUCCCCUCCUCAGUGUCAAACCAAACCCCUCCACAGCCCAGGACAGACAAGCCUGAACUGAGCGUGUCAGCCCAGAUGGAACCAGCCAGUGAACAUGAGGAGAGCUUCAAGGGGGUAGAUAAACGCCCUCUACUGGACCCAGCCAGAGUAACAGCAGCAAUGUGCACUAAUUGA